ACUACAACAACCGCUGCUCCAACUACAACCACAGAGGCUCCAACUACAACCACAGAGGCUCCAACUACAACCGCAGCUGCUCCAACUACAACCACAGCUUCUCCAACUACAACCACAUCUGCUCCAACCACAACCACAGCGGCUCCAACCACAACCACAGCUGUUCUAAGCACAACCACAGCGGAUCCAACCACCACCACAUCUGCAUCAACUACAACCACAUCAGAUACAACCACAACCACAGCUGCUCCAACCACAACUACAGCUGUGCCAACCACAACCACAUCAGCUCCAACCACAACCACAGCUGUUCCAACCACAACUACAGCUGUGCCA